UCCCACACAAGUUCAUAACCAGCGAUAGAAGAAAUAUAAACAAGGCCAACAAUGUCGGAUUCCCUUCGGCUCCUUCUCGACCACCUCCUACUGUAAGCUCAUACAGUAUAAUACUGCCUACCUCUUUCUCAAUCCCAUUUCGGCAUCUAACCUCCUACUUAUUUUAUCCGUGGUAGAUUAUCCGAACGAAUUGGAGAUUCUCUCUCUCGAGUGACUUACACCCCGCCGGAAUCUUCCAAUGUCAACAUCAAAUCCACUGUCGAAUCCCUUCUUCCCAAUCGAGGCUCUCCUUCUCUCUCCGAGAUCUCCGAAGUCGAAGUCUGUGCCAAAAUAAGUGACUUCACGUUAUGCUGUGCAGCGUUGGCUGCCGCCUCGGAGUCCACUUACGGGGAGCUCUUGUGGAUCCCCGAUUCUCUCUCCGAGGCCGCUGUCUCGGCCUUCAAGCAGCUCUCUGAAGCUUACUCGACCUUUCUGGGCCCGAAAAAGUGUAUGAAAGUUGGCGAAUUGGAGUUUGAUUUGAAAUUUAUGUCGAGUGACGUGAGGUUACUGGUUGAGUUAAUGCCUCAGGUUUUGCCUUCGCUUAAGAAUAAAAUAAAGGAAAGUGCCAUUGACAAGUCUAUUGACACUGAUGAGUUUUUUGCUGCUAGCGCAAGAACUCCCGUAGCUUAUGCAAUUCUUGCUGCUCACCAACUCAAAUGGAUUGUUACCCAGGUGAACUAUCCAUUUCUGGGGAAGUUGUGCUCUUUGGUGAUUCCUUGUGGACUGACGGCUCUUGAUCACUGGUCACAGCAAGUAAAAGGGCAGGGCAUGAUUAGCUUCAUACAUCUCUCUAAAAAUGCGAAUGCUUCUGAGAUUGGUUGGUAUGAAGACGUAAUUCUUGAUGCCUGCUGCCAAAACAUUGCUUGUUCAGAUGAUGAAAUAUGGCAAUAUGUUGUUGAAAUGUCAGUGCUCAUGUCAACUUCCACCCAGAAAAGUAAUCCACGGAGCAUAUGGUAUGAAAAGCUGCUGAAUGAGAUGUUGAGUCACCUGGAAAGGCAGCCUAAGAAUAAGGAGCGCCGCAUAGCAUGGCUUACACAUGUUGAUUCACUGUUUGGUGGUGUUGGGCUUGUACUGCUAUCUCAUUUUAGGCGCCUUUUUCCUCUGUUCUUUCAAUGGAUGCAUGCCGAUGAUGAUGACACAGUUCUAUUGCUUCAGGUACUGGAGCGUACAAAAACAGUUCUGAGAUUGACAUGGAUAAGGAAUUCGCCAUACAUUGACAGAUUGGUGGAUGAGCUUGUCAGUUUAUACAAGGAAGCAGCAAUGAGAACUCUUCGUGAUGAUAUCAGAUCACUUAUUCUUGAGACACUUAUAUUGCUGCAGCAAUGCAAGGGUUUACAGUUUGAAGUAGCUUGGGACAAGCAUAAGAAUGAUCUGGAUUUGACUCUUCUCCACCAAUCCUUUGCCGGGAGACAUACUGCAGCAGUCUGAAAAUCUCACAGGUUUUGUGAUGAUUCUCCAUUACACUGAUACUUGAGUAGUUGAGUGUCAUGCUUGGGUUCAGAAUCCGGUGUCAUUCACUUCACCAACCAGAUUACCAUGUUACCAUUGAAGUAUUUGCAACCCCUGCUUCAAUGGAGUCCCUACCUCUGAUUUCAGGUCUGCGGCAAUUGACUAUAAGAGAUAUAUGAACCGAGAGGUGGGCGCAAUUGCAAGUAGAACAAUGUAAAAGGUCUCCUGUAUCUACCAUUAUAUAGCUAUCUAACGUUUUUAAGAAUAUUAAAAUAGAAUUCAGGAUCAACCAACCUUGUACAGAAAAAACAAGCAAAGGACAUUAAUGCAUACUCAAGGUCGAUGAACAAUUUGUAGAAAUAUUAACGUUUAAAAGGAAUUGCAAUGAUGAUUUCUUUUGGGAUUAAUGAUAGGAUGUUGUUUUUUUGGUUGUUGUAGCAUUCAUUGGACAAAAUUAGGGCUGAACAGUUUUGGUUUUUUUGCACCUCUCUCUCAAAUUUUAGUAAAGACAGGACAUGAAUAUGAUAAUAUGAG